UGAAAACCAUGACCUAAUAAAUUUUUUUGGUAAAAAAAAAUUGAAAAAAUUUAAUGAACGCAAACAAAUUAAUUAUUUUUCAUGUAAGAUCACUCCUUUUUUUCUCGAAGUUUUUCUCCUAGAUUUGAGUUCAAGUUCCAGGAAACGUUCUUUUUCAAUCGUUUGAUCAAUGGAUGACGGCGCAGAUGUCGUUGUUAUCGAGCCCGAUACUCCAGAUGCCGAACCCGAAACCAAUAUUAAGAAGGAUGUCACUUCUAUUCCCGAAUCUGCAUCUGACGCCGAAGCAAAUGAAAAUAACGUAGUUGAAUCUGAAUCCAACGCCGAGGCAGAUGUAAAUAAUGUAAAUGAUUCUGAAUCCAACGCCGAAGCAGAUGUUGAAAAUGGAACCGAAUCUGCAUCCAAUACCGACGCGGAUGAAAAUAAUGUACCUGAAUCUGCAUCUAAUACCGAAGCAGAUGCAAAUAAUGUAACUGAACCUGCAUCUAACACCGAAGCAGAUGUAAAUAAUGUAACUGAACCUGCAUCUAACACCGAAACGGAUGCUAACGAUGUAAUUGUUUUAAAUGAUGAUGAUGAUGAUGCGGCUGAAACAGUCGAUGCGAAGGAGCAAGUCAAUGGAGAUGAGGUAGAACUUAUGGAAGAAGAUAAGCCGGAUGAAGUUAAUGGAGAUGACGUAGAACUUAUAGAAGAAGAUAAGCUGGAUGAUCUUCCGAGAGGUAAAGAAAGUCCAGUUAGAAGUCCUCCUGAAAUUGAAAAUAUGACCGUGGUAGACGAAGAUGUUGAGAUGCUUUCUGAUGAAGAGGAAGAAAAAGAAAAAGUUGAUGAAAAGGAAAAGGAGGACGAGAAAGAAAAAGAACAGCAGAAAAUUAGAGAAGAAAAGGAAAAAGAGAAAGAAAGAGAAAAAGAAAAAGAGAAAGCGAAGGAUGUUAAAUCGAAAGAAAGUGAAAAAUCGUCUAGUAGAUCAUCGAAAAGAAAAAGCACUGAUCACGAUACAUCGUCAUCUAAAAAACGCAGCUCUCAGGACCAGUCGAAAUCAGAUAGUUCGACUAGUAAAGGUCGUGAACCUGAUGCCAAGAAAGCAUUGCCUCUUUUAGGGAAGUAUUGGAAAGCUGUGAAAGACGAUCCUACAGAUUUCACCGGUUGGACUUACCUAUUACAAUAUGUAGACCAAGCUAACGAUAUCGCCGCAGCUUCAGAAGUAUACGACGAUUUCCUGUCAAAGUAUCCUUACUGCUACGGUUAUUGGCGAAAGUACGCUGAUUAUUUAAAGAAGAAUGGCCAAAAGGCUAAAUGCGAAGAAAUAUUUGAAAAAGGCGUCGGCGCUAUUCCUUUGAGCGUAGAUUUAUGGAUCCAUUAUCUCAAUUACAUGAAGGAUGCCUACGCUUCAAACGAAGAAUUACUCAGAACUUUAUUCGAAAGAUCUCUUAAAUCGUGCGGUUUAGAAUUCAGAUCUGAUCGACUGUGGGACUCAUAUGCCAAAUGGGAAAUUGAAGGUGGUCGUUUACAAAACGCUACCGCCAUAUUUGAUCGUUGGUUAGCUGUGCCGACUCAAGGAUACGUCACAGUGAUGGAGAAAUUCAAAGACCAUGUUAAGAAAAAUUCGCCUAGCAGGAUUCUCGAUCCGGAAGAAUUUUUUGCACUCAGAAACGACGUUGUUAGCGAAAAAAAAGCCAACAACGCCGAAUUGGAGAGCAAAUUAUCCGACGAUGCUCCUCCUGGGGAAGAAACUCCUGAUAAAUUAGAUAAAAUGAACGAGGAAGAAACCAAAGCUCUUAAAGAUAAGAUCGUGACUGUGAGGAGAGAACGUCAUAAGGUUACCCAAAAAGAUGCUGUAGCCAGAUGGUCUUUCGAAGAAAAUAUUAAGAGGCCAUAUUUCCACGUCAAGCCAUUGGAACAGUGCCAGCUUAAUAACUGGAAAGAAUAUUUAGAUUUUGAAAUUAAAGAAGGCAAACAAGAACGUAUUGUAUUGCUUUUCGAAAGAUGCCUAAUAGCUUGCGCUCUAUACGAAGACUUUUGGAUUAAAUUCAUCGAAUACUUGUUGGCUCAAUCUGAAGUACCCAUCGAAAAGGUCAGAGAAGUGUUCCAACGCGCUUGUACUAUUCAUCACACGAAGAAAAUAAAUAUUCACUUGAAGUGGUCCGCGUUCGAAGAAACAUAUGGCAACUCUUUACAAGCCGCUCAAAUAUUGGAAGAUCUGGAAAAAACUUGCCCUGGUAUUCUGGUGGUCAUGUCUCGACGAAUCAACAUAAUACGUCGCCGAGGAGAGUACGAAAAAGUGUGCAGUUUUUACGAGAAGUAUAUUGCCGAUAACGCCGAAAAGAAAGCGAUAUCUUCUAGUCUCUCUAUCAAAUACGCGCGUUUUCUUUGCAAAAUAAUGAACGAUCCAGAUAAAGGAAUUGAAAUAUUGAAAUCGGCCAUUGAAAAAGACCCUAGCAAUUCUAGACUGAAAUUACAACUGAUCGAUGUCCACAUGAAUAAGAUUCCGAUUGAAUCCGAUGAAAUUGUCAGCAUAAUGGAUGCAGUUAUUAGCGCCGAAGAAGAUAGUGAAAAGAAAUUACUAUUCGCCCAAAGAAAGCUCGAAUUUUUAGAAGAAUUCGCCGAAGAAUGCGUCGCCGUCCAGAAGGCUCAAGAAGCUUACGAUAGCUUGGUCAAAGUUGUCGCCGAAAAGAAAAAAGAAGUGGAAGAAAAAAAAACCGAAGCAGCCAAAAAGAACGGUACAGCGGAUCAAACUCAGGCACCGCCAACGACUACAGCUUAUACUGCGACUACUGCUCAAACUUAUUAUCCUACAGCUGCCACUCCUCAGACCUAUCAAGCAUAUCCGCAAACCUAUAUGGCUACUACGUAUCAGCAACAGAAUAUUUACCAACCGACCGAUCCGAAUUACGGUUACCAGAAUUGGCAAUCGUACGGUGCUUAUAAUCAGCAAUGGCCUAGCGGUACCGCGCCGCAAACUGGAGCUGCCUCAGGGUAUUAUAAUCUUUAUUAAUAAAAUCGUAACGAAUCAAGGACUGAUGAUGACCGUAUGUUGAUGUUGAUUAAAAAAAAUUAUAUUUUUUUGUUUGUGUUUGAAGAUUUCAAAGUUUUUUUCACUUUUUUUUUUCGAUUGCAUUUUUUCUCUUUUUAUAAGAAUUUAUCUAUAUUAAUAAAAUUUAGAUGUAAUUUUUAAAGUUACGUCGAUAACGAUGUGUAGUGUUGGAAAUUUUCGUAAUUUUAUUGUUUAUAUUACUGAAUUUAAUUAUCUGUAAUGAAUUAAAAAUGAAUUUUGAUUGAA